CUGGGGCCCCGCGUCCAGGGGGCCCCUGGGUCGGAGCUGCCGUCGUGGCCGCUGCUGCCAGAGCCAUGUACCGCAGCGGCGCCCGCUCCUCCGUCUCUUCGCACCGGCCUAAAGAGAGCGGCGGGGGCGGCCCGCGCACCGGCCGCAGCUCCGGCUCCUCCUCAGGCCCGGCUCGCCGCACCUCGCCGCCGCCCUCCGGCUCCUCCUCGUCGCGGAACGCUGCUCGGCGGCCCCGCUCGCCUUCAGGGCACCGCGGCCGCCGGGCCUCUCCGUCCCCUCCGCGGGGUCGCCGCGGCUCUCCGUCCCCGCCCCGCGGCCGCCGGGCCUCGCCUUCCCCGCCGCGGGGUCGUCGCGUUUCCCCCUCCCCGCCGCGGGCCCGUCGUGGCUCCCCAUCGCCGCCGCGGGGCCGACGACUCUUCCCGCCGGGCUCGGCCGGUUUCCGAGGCAGCAGCCGGGGGGAGUCCCGCGCCGACUUCGCCCGGGACGGCCGCGGAGACCAUCCAGGCGACAGCGGCAGCCGGAGGCGCUCUCCUGGUCUGCGUUCUGACUCUUCUUUGGAACAGAGCUUAAGGAUCACUGUUGGCAAUGACCAUUUCUGUGUUGGCAUACCAGAACGGCGACGGCUUAGUGAUCGACUGGGGUCACCAGUGGAUAAUCUGGAGGACGUGGACAGGGAUGACCUGACUGAUGAUUCUGUCUUCACUCGAAGUUCCCAGUGCUCUCGAGGUCUUGAACGAUAUAUUUCUCGGGAGGAGGGACCUCUUAGUCCAUUCUUAGGACAACUUGAUGAGGACUACCGGACAAGAGAAACUUUCCUGCAUCGUUCUGAUUAUAGUCCCCAUAUUGGUUGUCAUGAUGAGCUGUUGCGAGGAACAGAAAGGAAUAGAGAUAAACUCAAAGGCUCCUACUCCAUAAGACCUGAGGAAAGGAGUCGGGAGGCCAAACGGCCCCGUUAUGAUGACACAGAGAAGAUACACAGCAUGGGAGGUGAUCACUCAGGUUUUACAUCAGGGACCCGCAACUACCGACAGCGUAGACGAAGCCCAAGCCCUAGGUUUCUAGAUCCUGAGUUUCGAGAGCUGGACCUUGCCAGGCGAAAACGAGAGGAAGAGGAGGAACGAAGUAGGAGCUUGAGUCAGGAGCUGGUUGGAGUUGAUGGUGGUGACAAUAGCUGUCCCAUUCCUGGACUAUCAGGUGUCCUGACAGCAUCGGAGCCAGGAUAUUCUUUACAUCGGCCUGAGGAAGUAUCUGUGAUGCCCAAGAAGUCAAUUCUGAAGAAACGGAUUGAGGUGGACAUGGAGCCUUCCAUUCAGCUUGAGAGUUUUUCCAGCAGUACCAGCUCCAGCCAGGAUCACCCUGUCUACUCUGGUCACCCAUCUCUUCCACUAAGUGGUGCUAUUGCUGCUUUUGCCUCCGAGAUUGAAAACAAGGGGGCUAUGGUAGAGACUACCCUAAAGGAACCUCAGGGCAACCUUUACCAAUGGGGUCCUCUCCCUGGGAUACCCAAAGACAACAGUCCUCUCAGAGAAAAGUUUGGAAGUUUUCUGUGCCACAAGGAGAAAUUGAAUAUGAAGGCUGAGGGGCCUGAGCGACACACAGAUUUCUUGCUGCCCCAUGAGAGGGCUAGCCAGGAUGGCAGUGGUUUUUCCCGCAUUUUAAGCAUGUUGGCAGACUCUACCAGUACACAGGAAAAAAGGCGCCGUAGUUUCCCUGAUAUCGAGGAUGAGGAGAAAUUUCUCUAUGGGGAUGAAGAAGAGGAUUUAAAGGCCGAAUCUCCACCAAAACCCCUUGGGGGCUCUGAGAGUGAAGUCUUGAGACAGAAGGCAAGCUCCCUGCCCUCUUCAGCUCCAGCUGUAAAACUAGAAUCAAGAGAAGAGACCAAUCCAGAAUACGCCAAGAUUCAUGACUUGCUUAAGACCAUAGGGCUGGAUAUUGGGGUAGCAGAGAUUAGUAAACUGGCUGCCCGCACCCAGGAACGACUUCAUGGCAAGAAACCGUCACGUUCCUCAGCCGACCGCCGUUCGUCAGUUGACCAGCACUUUUCAGCAGACCACUGUCCCUCAGUUGACCACCGUUUCUCAGCUGAUCGGCACUCCUCAGAUCCUCACAGACUGGAGAGCAGGGAGGCACACCAUAGCAAUACCCACUCCCCAGAAGUGUCCCAUCCACAUCCAGUCUCCCCUGUAGAUCCUUACCUGCUCACAAAAAACAGCCCCCCGUUUCUAAAGUCUGACCAUUCAGUGGGUCAUAUUGCAGGGCCAGAGGUAGUUGGCAGUGGUUUUCAGUCAUCUGUGGCCGUCAGAUGCAUGUUACCAUCAGCCCCGUCUGCCCCAAUUAGACUUCCACAUCCUGCUUCAUUAUCUCAGUUUCAUAUGCCAAGGGCAUCUCAGUUUGCUGCAGCUCGGAUACCUCCAAACUACCAGGGACCUGCCAUUCCCCCUGCUUCCUUCGAUGCCUAUAGGCAUUACAUGGCAUAUGCAGCCUCUAGGUGGCCCAUGUACCCUGCUUCUCAGCCAUCCAACCAUUCUCUACCUGAACCACACAGGGUAAUACCUGUUACCAAACAAGCUACUCGUAGCCGUCCCAAUCUCCGUGUGAUCCCCACUGUGACUCCUGAUGAGCCCAAACAGGAGGAGUCAGUGCUAAGCUCACUUCCUACUGCUCAAGUGCCUGUCCAGGUGUCCAUCCCAUCACUCAUAAGAUACAAUCCAGAGAAGAUCUCUGAUGAGAAGAACCGUGCUUCCCAGAAACAGAAGGUUAUUGAAGAGAGGGAAAAGCUAAAGAGUGACCGGGAAGCUCGCCAGAAGAAGAUGUACUACCUCAGGACUGAAUUGGAGCGGCUUCAUAAACAACAAGGGGAAAUGCUACGCAAGAAACGAAGGGAGAAGGAUGGCCACAAAGACCCGCUUCUGGUGGAGGUGAGUCGGCUUCAAGAUAACAUUAUGAAGGACAUUGCAGAACUUCGACAAGAGGCCGAAGAGGCGGAAAAGAAGCAGUCUGAACUGGACAAAGUGGCUCAGAUCUUGGGAAUUAACAUUUUGGAUAAAUCCCAAAAGUCUUCAAAUGACUGUAAAGAGACUACAGAGAAGCCUGGAAAAGCGGAAAAAUCUAGGAGCCCAGAAAAAGUGUCCUCAUCCUCAAAUUCCUCUUCCACCAGCAAGGAAUCAAAGGUAAACAGUGAGAAUUCCCAUACUAAGAGCCCCAAGCCUGCCGAGAGCCCCCAGCCAGCUGCUAAGCAGUCUGAUCAGCCUAUUGCUGCCUAUGAGUAUUAUGAUGCUGGCAAUCACUGGUGCAAAGACUGCAACACCAUCUGUGGAACCAUGUUUGACUUCUUCACUCAUAUGCACAAUAAGAAGCACACACAGACACUGGAUCCCUACAACAGACCUUGGGCUUCAAAGACCCAGAGUGAGGCCAAGCAAGAUGCUGUAAAGCGUACUGACAAGAUAACUGUUCCUGCAAAAGGUUCUGAGUUUCUGAUUCCCAUCACUGGAUAUUACUGCCAGCUCUGUGAGGAAUUUUUGGGGGAUCCAAUUUCUGGAGAGCAACAUGUGAAGGGUCACCAGCACAAUGAGAAAUAUAAGAAAUAUGUGGUUGAAAACCCAUUGUAUGAGGAGCGGCGGAAUCUGGACCGCCAAGCUGGCUUAGCUGUGGUCCUGGAGACAGAACGGCGACGACAGAAUGAACUAAAACGUAAACUUAGUGAGAAAACAAAGGAAGAGAAGAAAGAAAAAAAGGCAAAGGUCAUGAAGGAGGUAAAAGAGGAUGACAAAGUCUCUGAGGAACUAGAGGACCAACUCUCUGAGGGUGGGAACUCCCCUGAAAAGGCUGAAAGUAAAAGGAAAGCUAGCAUCAAACUCCAGUUAAAGGAAGAGGUAAAGAAAGAAUCACCAACAUCUUCCUCUUUUGGGAAAUUCAGCUGGAAGAAGGCAGAGAAAGAGGAGGAAAAAGGUUCAGUGGCCACAAGUAUUCACAAGGAAGAGGUUAUGGAAAACAGUAAGGACAAAGAGGAUGGCAAAGCCGAGGCUGGGAAGGCAAAGCCCAUCAAAAUCAAGCUCUCUGGGAAAACGGUUGUCGCACACACUAGCCCAUGGAUGCCUGUUGUUACAACUUCAACCCAGACUAAGAUCCGACCCAACCUGCCCAUCCCAUCUACAGUACUCCGCAAGUCAGGUUCAGCUACAGUGAGCAAGCCAGCGCCUCUUAACACCUUUCUAUCCAUCAAGUCUUCUGGAACUACUGCUAAGCCUCUGCCAGUGGUUAAAGAGUCUUCAGCUGAUCUCCUCUUGCCUCCUGACAUCAUCUCCAAAGCAUUUGGAGGGGAAGAGGUGAUUCUGAAAGGGUCUCCAGAGGAAAAAAUGGUACUGGCUGAAAAGAAUGAGUCAUCCCAUAUACCUGAACAAAUGCUGCCACCUCCUCCACCACCCCCUCCACCACCACCUCCGCCACCCCCAGUUAUACCUCAUCUAGCUUCCCCAUCUCCUACUCAAACAAAUGCCAUCUUGGCACCGGUCAAAUCAAACCCACCUGUAUCUCACACUCUCAGCCCCAGCUUCCUGGGUCCUAACAUUUUGAAUCCUGUGUUGCCAAUAGCCAUCAUGGCCUCAGCACAGCCAGCUGCCAUCCCUUCUGAUGAGACAGCUCCUGGGGUGAGUGAGAGUGACAGGGACCAGAACUUUUUCUCUGUGUUAGUGCGUCCUCCACCUCCCCUCUCAAGUGUAUUCAGUGAACAAGCCAAAAAAUUGGAAAAGCGAAAUUCAUGCUUAGCCACAGCCAAUGCUAAGGACCUGUAUGAUAUAUUCUACAGUAGUGGUGGAAAGGGGACACCUGAGACUAAGCUGAGUGGUGGUCUGUUGACCAAUGGGGAAAACAGCCAUCUUUCUAAAGUGGAAAGUUCAGAUACCUCUUCCACUUCUACUUUGAACAACAGUACAUCCCAAGAGAAGUUGCCUCCAGAUAGAAGUUUGAUCUCUGCUCCUUUAGUCAGCAACCCUGAAAAGCCCGUUCCAAAACCUCUGGUGUCUCUAGGGAAAUGGUCAGUGGUAGAACGCACAGACUCAAAGAGCAGAGGUAGUAGCUAUGGCUUCCUACAACCUCUGACGAGGUUGUGCCAAAGCAGGCCUUAUGAAACUGUUACCCCAAAGACAGACACUUUGGCCAUGUGGACUUGUAGCUCCUUCCAGAGUGAUGCUAAUAGGGAUAUAUCUCCAGGCGGAAAAAUCGAACUUGACCUGGGAGAGCCAGGGCCACCAGGUGUAGAGCCACGCCCUCAAUUGUCAGAUACACACUGUCAGAUCAUGGAAUCUCAGAAGUUGGUAGAAACUCACCUUAUGGAAUCUGGUAACCAGGAUGAGAAAAGCCAAGAGCUCCACAAAUCUAAAGGUUGUGGGGAAAGUGAGGGAGAGGGAAAUACUGAACUACAAGAAAAGAGACCAAAGCUUUCUGAGGUGAUGGUGGAAGAAGGAACAGGUAUCUGUGUUGGGCCCAAUAGCAUAGAGGAUUCUAAUUUGAACCGUGGGAACAGAUGUGCAUGGGUGGGUGAAAUAGAACAGCCCAAGUUACAAAUGACUGACAAAAAGCCUGAACAGUCCAAGAAAUUGAUGACAAGAAGUGAAACUCAAGGUAAAGUAGUGAUCGACUUGAGUGCACAGGCCCUUUCUUCCACAAAGGCCAAAAUAGACUCAUUUCCAUCAGAAGCUAGAUCUUUACUCCAGAACCCACAAGAUGUACAUAUGAAAAUUUCUGCCCCAGAAUUGCUUCUCCAGUCCCCAGCCAGAUCAGAUAUGUGUUUAACAGAUAGUGCACAGGAGCAAGGAGUUUCAACUGAUAGUGAAGAGUGGCAAGCAAAUUCAGCUGCAGAAUCAGCUUCCAGAACUAGUUAUAGAAGCCUCAAACUCAAGAGAGAAAGAUCAAAAGACAUUCAAGGUAAAAGGAUUUAUGAAGUGGCUGUUUGGGAUGAAAAUAAGAAGUCAGAGACCUGGGAGAGCCCAGAGAAACCAGAAACAGAAGCCCUGGAGCUACGAGAUGUCCAUCCAGAAUUGACUGUGAUAAGAGGAAGCAAGGCCUUAGAAGACUUUGAAGUUACAGACUUAAAAGUAGAAGAGCUUGCUGCCCUGGGGAACCUGGGGAAUAUAAGUGUUGAUUUCUGCAAUCCUCGGGUAGACCAAGCACAUAGAUCCCCAACUGCCCUGUCUCAGAAACUACGUGAAGAAAAUUCUAUGUCACCUAUAGGAUGUAAUCCCUCUACUCUCAGUGACUUGGAACCAGUCCCAUCCUUCUCUGAGUUUCCAUUAGAUUCUCCCAAAACCCUGGUGCUUAGCUUUGGAGCAGAGGGUGAACAAAACUCAUCUAAUCCCAGAAGUGGAAGGAUCACUCCUAACAUUCUGAAAACUGGACUUCCUAUAGAAAAUGUAGACCUUGGCUUAGGGAGCCUAGAGGGAACACACCAAGCACUUGACCUGUUAGCAGGAGGAAUGAUGCCUGAGGAAGUAGAAGAAACUUCUCAAUUAAAGAAACCAGAUUCUCUCAGAUUGGAAUCAGAACCAAUUAAUCCUGCAGGCCUUGGGCCGUCUCCUUGCCUUCCAGAUCUUGUUGAAUUUGUUACGCGGACACCCGGAGUUCAAAAAGAGAAGUUAUGUUCUCCUCUGUCUGAGCCAGGUGACACUCCUGAGUGUAGUUCCCUGGAGAUGGGUCCACUACAGCUAGAAAUACCGAAAGUGUCCAUAACACAGCUAACAAUUCCUCAAGCGGAUGAGGACAGUGACCAUCCUUUGAAUUUAGUAAAAUCUCUGGCUUCAGGGUCCCCUACAAGGGAGCAAGUAGUUGGAGGCAAUAUGGUCCCUCAGGAAUUACCCACACAAGAAGCUCCAGUUGCUGCCACCCAGGACCAAACAGCAUCCACUGUUCAUGACUAAGAAUACACAUCGAGAGCUUUUUGCGGAUGAAUCAAAUUGGCUUCUAGAUAUCAGGUGCCCAGAUGAUCCAGGACUAGUUGGCUGUCUCAUCUGGAAUCUACACCAAGAGAUGCAGUCAGCAUCUUACAGUAAAUGUUCAUGGAAGCCAAAAAAUUUACCUCUUUUCUGUUUUUUUUUUUUCCUUAAGAUAACAGAUGAAUCAAUCAUAACUUCUAUACAUAUCUGUAAAAAAGUAUUUUCUGUUAUUAUUAUUAUUAUUAUUAUUAUUUUGCCAAUUUACUUUCUCCUACUUUGUCAUUAAAAUCAAAUGUCUGUCUGGCUCACCACACAGUGUGCUUUGAUUGUAUUUUGGCUUUGACUCUGCCAUUUCUGGAAUAUGGGGGAGGAGGGAGACAGAGCUGACUUCUGCAAUUGCUAUGUUGUAUUCCUACCCAAUUUCCUGGGCAGCUGAUGGAUCUCUGGGAGAAACACCAGAAAGCCUGCUGAAGUGGAAAACUACUAAUGAAGGAAGGAUUGUUCAUCUCUUAGGCUUCCAUUUGGAUGGGCCUGCCUUAACAUUGUUUGAAAUGCAGCGUGAGUAGCUCUUUUGUUUACUGUUUACUUCCUUGUGCCAUGUCAACCCCAUACUUCUUUAUUCUGUUGCCUUUACUUGAGAUGGUCCCGCUAACCCACAAACCUGUUUGAAAAUGGCCUCAAUAAACGUGGAAGAAAAUCUAGCAGGUUCACUUUUGGAAGACGACAAAUCGGUAAGGCUGAUUCAUGGCUGAAUGCCAGGUGCAGAUAUGCUUUUUGGGUCACUUUUAUUUUUGAAAUGGCCUUUUUUUCAUUAUAUUGUGAUCCAGUAACACUUUGUGUUAAAUUGUUUAGCAGCCAUUUAUGUUCUGAAGAGGUAGAAGAGCUGAAACUUGUUUUGGGAUUGGACUCAUUCUCUGUUCCUCAAUUCAUAUGUAUUCCUUCCUCUACCUCUCCCUUUCCCAAGUUAUUUCCACCAUAGUGUGAUGUUUUGGGUUGUACAUUUUGUUCAAAAGAUUAAAGAAUUUCUGAGUUGGCUUGGACAAGUUUAAUUUUAUUUUUAAUGUGUUAAUUACUUGGAAUAAAUGCAUUAACCUCCUG